AUGGGUUGUUGCUGCAGCAGAAUCUUGGAAACAGGUCAGCCUCAUAUCCUGGACAAGGAUCGUGGUUCAGCGAAAACUCCGUCACCGGGAUGCGCCAUCACCGAUGUUGGAAACAUCCCUGGCACUGGAACCCCGGAAGAGGAAACCGUCAAAGAAGUCCUCUCAGAGACUCCCAUUGCCAAGCCAUGUAACAUACAGCAAACAUCCCCAAAGAACAAGUCUUCCGAGCUGAAAGUAAAAUCAAGUGAAAUGGAUGGUUCAGUCAACAAAGUGGAGGAAGGUACACUUUCAGUUUCAGAGGUAUCUCAGGUUACAGAAUGGUGCAGCAAUAUGAGCGAAAGCGUGUCAAUGGCAACCACCAUUUCGGAGCAAAGAGAAGGGGAUGAAGCAUCAAGUAAACAGAGCAGAGAAAUGGGUCGGAAUCCAAAACCGAAAAUUCGAAGAAAGCGUCCAUAUUCCGGCGACCCAUCAUACCGAAGAGAACAGAGAGACAAAUGUGCAACAAAGAGACCUGCUGAACUGUUAUCAGAGAAGAAGUCGCGUGUUACUUGCAGAUACACACAUGGAACGACAGAAUCAAGAGAGGCGAGGACCAGGAAACUGAAUGGAGGGCAAGAACAAAAAUCUGGAGUCAACCAUGGCCGCCGUUCGAGGUCACCAGCUACUCGAACAGUUAGAGAAACGAAUAAGACAGGGAAUAUGAAAAGCAGUGCCUUGAAAGUGACUGGACAAGCCGGUGAGCAGCCAGAGGCAGUGACCACCGAGAAAAGAGACGAAGGAAAGGUGGAUAAGGCAAUGGAUGGUUCAGCAACUCAGACCCCAAAUGAAUCCAUUGAAAACCCUCUUGUCUCACUUGAAUGUUUCAUCUUUCUGUAG